UUCUUGUCACUGUCACUUGCUAAGUAAGUCAAGAUUGUCAAAUUGCAUAUGGUCAGGAAGAAAGAUCGUCUUUAUAUAGUGGAAACAAUUUUUUAUUAUUAAUUUUGAAAUAAGCAGCUUAUUUAUUUCACAAUACACUACUAUCUACUAAAUGGAAGGAUUGAUUUCACAUCAACAAUGACUAUCGAUGCGACAUAAAUGAAUUAAGAAUGAAGCCAUUAGCUUUUCAUCUUACACGUAACAAUUUAUAUAAUUUAUUUAUUAAUUGUAGUGUCUGAAAGAUAAUGGAAGACACAUAAUGACAUGUGAGGGCAAAGAGCAGGAAAUGUCUGAAAGGCAUCUCCUGGAGGGCUGUCUGAGCGAGGCCAGUGUGACGGUGCCCUCGGUGCGCGCCAACCUGCCCCAGCACUGGAAAGAGUUUGUGUGUGGUGGAGGAUCUGCUUUCUGCAAUAUACUCAUCAGCUAUCCCCUGAAUAAGCUCAUAUUUAGACAGAUGAUGCAUGGAGUUGAAACAACAUUUGCUUUACACCAGCUGCAGAAAGAAGGUCUGGGAUUUCUAUACCGAGGGAUGUUGCCUCCUUUGAUGCAGAGAUCAUUGUCUAUGUCACUAAUGUUUGGUGUCUAUGAUGAAUGCCUAUACCCAUUGUUAGAGAAACAAAUCAAUCCCUACAUAGCUAAAACGUGUGCAGGGAUGGUGGCCGGGUGCUUUGAAGCAACACUCAUGCCUUUUGAGAGGAUACAAACACUACUCAUACAUCCAAAGUACCACAGUAUGUUCAAAAACACUGCAGAUGCAGCCACUCAUAUUGCCAAGCAUUAUGGUAUCAAAGAGUUCUACAGAGGAUUAAUACCUAUACUGUUUAGGAAUGGUCCAUCCAAUGCUAUGUUCUUCAUAAUCCGUGAUGAAGUGAGAGAAAAACUACCCUACCAGGAGAAAGUACUGUAUCAGGGUAUUCAGAACUUCUUGGCAGGAGCUACAAUUGGUGCACUCCUGAGUACACUAUUUUAUCCGUUAAAUGUUAUUAAAAUUGCGAUGCAGUGUGAACUCGGCGGCCCGCACAGGACAAUAGUUUACGAGUUUCAAUAUAUUUUGCGCAAGCGAGGCUCGAAGUUCACCAAUUUCUAUCACGGCGCGCUACUCAACAUCUCCCGUGCGUUCUUGAGUUGGGGUAUAAUAAAUGCAUCUUACGAAGUUUUCCGAAAAAUUUUAUAUACCUAGUCAGUUGUUUUAUCUUUUACAGAAAUUUAUUUAAUUGUGUUUCAAAUGUUAAAUCAAAUUGUUAUUUAAUUUGUUUCAAAAUAUGUAUAUAUAUUUCUUGAGAAUACAUUUGUUGAUAUGCAAUAUGCAAUCUGAGCACAAAAUGACAUCAAAUUAUGAAUGUGCUGUCUGCUCUUUUAUGUCGUCCUGUCUGUAGUUUGUACAUAUAAUGUAUAAAUAGAAGGAAAAUAAUGAAAGUGAAAACUUUAUAAAUGUUAUGAAUGUACAAAUCAUGUUUACAAAAUAUGAGUACAUGAGUUUCAACAACCUUAUAACUUCCGAACGCUAAAUUGGUUGAUUGGUUUCAAAUCAACUGAUGAACAAGUGAUUACAAGCUGUAUAAUAAUGUCUGUAAUGGAUAUCAAUGGGAACUCUACUUGAUGUUCCACCAGUAUGUAUAGGUAAUUUAUUUAUGAGCAUAUCUGGGAUAUACAAGGGGUAAAUCUUUUAAGUGCGAUUAUAUUAUGAUUUAUUUACUGUACCUAUACGUUAUUUUUAAGUAGACAAUGUUUAUUUAUACAUUUGGAAGCAUUUACAUGAAUGUUGUUAUUCUUAAUAAUGUGAAUAGCUUUUGUCCUCGAUUGUACGCGUUUAAUAUUGUCUUAGUGUCGCAUGUUGCGGCUGAUACAAAAUGCAGGAUGUUUUCAUAAUAGUCCAUUCGAUGCUUGUAGUGCAUUAGCUAAUUAUUAACAACUUUGCAGUAUUUUACGUGUCCAUAGCAAUACCCAAAUACAUAACAGUAUAUUGAUCUGUGUUAUAUAGCUGAGUUAAUUAAUGUAGGUUCCCACCUAUCUGCGCAACUUAUUCUAAAAGAAAUAAAUGCAAUGAAACAA